AUGUCACGGCGUCGUAACCUUACCGUUCAGGAAGCUUUGGAAUAUUUUCAACAAUUACCUGAAAAUGAUUCAGAAGAUGACAAUGAUGAGAAUGUUUCAAUUUUGAGUAGUGGAGAUGAAUACCUGCCUACUAAUGAAGACGUUUUGAAUUCGGCUGAAGAAAGUGAAAGUGAAGAUGACUCUGUGAGUCCGUUAACAAUUCCUGGCCCUUCUCAUCAUGGUAAUGAUGUUAAUUUGUCAGAUAAAAAUAAAACAUCGAAAAUUAUAAGAAAAAGAACAUGUACACAAAGAAAUCAGAAAAAGAAAUUAGCAGUAACUUUCGAAGUUGGAAAUAAUGAAGUUGGAAAUGAUGGGACAGUUUGGAAUGUAUCGCAAUUAGGAACAAAGAACAUAGGAAGAAAAUCAAAGCAUAAUAUUUUGAAGGAAGUUGGAGGCCCAACACCCCAUGCUAAACGCAAUAUUAUGGACGGCAGUCUGGCAAGUGCCUGGAGACUCUUCAUCGAUGAAUGGAUAUUAAAACAUAUAAAGAAAUGUACUGAAGAUGAAGCUCAUCGUCAUAUUCCUGAAAAUAAAUGGGUCGUAACAUUAGAAGAGGUUGAUGCUUUUAUAGCAAUUUUAUAUGCACGUGGCAUAUAUUGCGCAAAAGGACUUGAGCUGGAUAGUCUGUGGUCAAUGGACUGGGGACCUCCGUUUUUCCGUAAUACGAUGCCAAGAGACAGAUUUCGUGAAAUUAUGNAACCAGGAGAAUUAUUUGCCAAUAUAUAUAUAUAUAUAUAUAUGUGUGUGUGUAUGUAA